AAGCUGAAGCAUCUUUCAAAAAUGGAGGUGAUUGCAAAUAAUCCUACUGGCUGCAACUAUAUUCUGGGAUUUGACAACCUCAGAAGCCAAAGUGUUGCACCUCCACAAUGGACAAUGCAUAAUACAGAUGACAGGAAUCGGCUUCUUCAUGGCAUUCUAAAUAUGUGUAAAGAGAUGUUAGGCCGCCUUCCCAAAGUUGUUUUUAUAGACAUUGUUGAGAUGGCUCUGUGGGCUAAGGGUUGCAAGUGCAGUCAUAACAGGCUUCAAGUUGGACAUUCUCGUAGUCUAUUUUUGUGACAUCGCAUAAAUUUUACAUCUUCAGUCAUCGCCAUAAUCAUACUAUUGAUUCACCAUCAUGUUUAUUAAACUGGUUCGGGAGAACCAACCUGCAAUUACUGAUCAAGUAACCACAAGAGAUACCCAGUUGUAUCUGUUUUGACACCAACUGAUUCCAAAGUUCCCGUUGAGAAUGAUCUUGUUCCACAAGCUGAAGAGGAGGACAUGGAGGCUCUACUUGGCAC